AUGAUUUUUGAACUUGCUUCUAUGGAAAGCCAAUUUUGUGUGAUUUGUGGUCAGUCAACAAGCCUAUACAAUUAUGGGACGAUCAGCUGCAGUGCGUGUAGCUCAUUCUUCCGGCGAACCGUCCUUGCAAAAGUUCCAAUACAGCAAUGUCCACAUCAAGAUGCCUGCUAUACUCCGGAAAACCGAGCAACCCACUCCGAAUGUAAAUACUGCCGAUUCCAUAAAUGCGUUGAUGUUGGAAUGAUCAAUACUCAAAAGUAUACAAAUUUGACCAAAUUGAUAAAUCAAUUAUCAGUAUUGGAUAAAAAACGGAGCUACACUUGUGCUAACAUGAUGCUCCCUCCUGACUUCCGGUUGAGCUCAAUAUUCGAUUACGAGCACAUCAAGCUUAUCAAAAAGACUCCGGAAGUCCGUUUCAUUUCCCAUGAUUGGGGAUGCGUGCACCAAUUGGCAUCAAUGGAGUUCAUUAAAACCUUCCAGUUUGUCAAGUUUUUAUCUUUGCAAGAUCUUCAAGUAUUCAUGAAAACGGCUCACUUCAAUCAUGUCAUUUUUGCAUCUGCUAUGAGAUCUUUUGGUAUCAGGCAGGGAUAUUUGUCGUUUCCAGACGGCAGCGAUGUAUUUCCAGAAUGCAUCAAAAGAAUUACAUGCUAUAAUCCAGAAUUUUUGAACCGAAUCCGAUGUAAGCUCAUGGGUCGUAUCAUCGAGUUGAAUAUCAAUCCAGAAGAAUACCUACUUCUGAGUGCUAUUAUUCUAUGCAAUCCAGCAGCCGUCAAUCUAUCUGUAAAAGGUAGGACUCUCAUAAGUUCCUACCAAAAAGUGUACGGAUCCUUGCUGUUCCAAUACUGUUGCCAAGUUAACAAGAAAAACGGACCACUAAGAUUCUCCGAACUGUUGACCAUUUUUCAUGCGAUUUCACAAACUCAUCAUGACAUUGGACAAUUUUUCCUUUUGUUUCAAAUGUAUCAACCAAAUGCGCAGCCUAUUCAACUCUAUCAAGAAGUCAUUGAUUAUAUGAUGUGA